ACUAGUGGGUCUCAAGAAACGCUCAGAUUUAUUCGGAAACAUCUAGCCAAAGAAACCGCCUUUGAAUUUGGCAAAACCAACAGCGCCGCCAACGAAUCCGCCGCCGCCGCCGAUGCCACCUAGUCCGCCCAAUCCUCCUCCAACGGGGUAGCCACCGCCAUAUCCAUAACCAUAGCUGGGUAUCGUCUGUAUGACGGGAACAGUGGUGAUGAUGGGCACAGUGGACACAACGGGAACUGUUUGGAUUGCGGGGGCUGCCACUAUGGGGGCAGCAACGCCUCCACCACCGAUGAUGCCACCUCCUACGACUCCGCCACCUCCAAAUCCUCCAAUGUGCCGGGGCUUCCUAAUGCUCUCCUCGUCGAUGCUGGAGAGGAUCGGUGUGGUGCUGACCACGGCGCACGCCAAGACGAGCAGGUAGACCGUUUGCCACAACAUGAUGGGGUUAACUGUUUGGUCUGCCCCACUCCCAGCUGCUUAUUUAUGCAAAUUAAUUAGUGGCCACUGUUUGCACUUCCAAUUGGCAUAUUGGGGCGCCCGGGUAAAAAACCCAUAACUCUAAGGCCUCAUCUAUGUUUCGGCGGUUCUAUUGGGGGAAUCAUGGUUUUGCCCGCUGGUGAGGUGGUUCACACCUCGUCAUCGUCAUCGCUUGUGGUCUGAAGGUCGCCGGCCUGGGCAUUAAAAGCCAGGUGAUUUAGUUAAGGUAACUCACAUCGUUAUUGGACACUCAGCCGAGAUGAGGUGCGAUCUUCAAGUGCAUUUUUUGUUAUUACUGGGAAUUGGCGCUUGGCAGGCUGGAGCCCAUUCCCUGGGAGGAGGUGGAAUCGGAGCGGUUGGAGGAGUGGCAGCCAUUGGCGGAGUGGGUGGCAUCGGAGGAGUCCAGCAGGUUCCCGUUGUGCAACAAGUGCCCGUUGUCCAACAGGUUCCCGUCGUGCAACAGGUGCCCCUCAUCCAACAGCAGCCGCAAGCUCUUGGCCUCGCAGGUGGAGGUGGAUUCAUUGGUGGCGGAAUCGGAGGUGGAGCAGGUUUUGGACGCUACAAGGAAAGCUACCGUGUGCGAGCGAGGGGAUUCGGCGGUGGAUACCGCGCCCGGUACGACAAGAAAUUUGGAGGUGGAUUCGCCGGAUUCGGUGCUGCUGGAGGAGCGGGCCUAGCUGGUGGCGGUCUCCUUGGAUAAAUAUUAGCAUGCUA